AUGGAAAAGCUUUUGCAGAUAGGGAAAGAAUUCGGAUUGGAGGGAGAAAAGCUGCUCGAGUUUGUAGAAAAACAACAAAAGUUAGAAGAAGAAAGAAGGAGGGAAGGAGAAGAAAAAGAAGAAAAACGUCGAAAACUUGAGGAAGAAAGAAGGAGGGAAGAGGAAGAGAAAGAAGAAAAACGUAGGCAGAUAGAAGAAGAAAAGGAAGAGAGACGUCGAAUACUCGAAGAAGACAGAAGGAAGGAAGAAGAAGAGAAAGAGGAAAGGCGUAGAAGAGAAGACGAAGAAAGAGAAACUAGGGGGAAAGAACGCGAACUGAGGAAAUUAGAACUGGAAGCAGACCUGUUGAAACAGAGAGAGGCUAUUGGAGCCGCUAAGAGAGAGCAUGAGCUCGCUCGUCUAGCACAAGGCUGUAACGUCGCCGAACGCGCUGAAUUGAGAGAGGAUAGGGCCAAGGCACCCAAGCUUCCCUCAUUUGUUGAUGGCAAGGACGACUUGGAUGUUUAUCUACAACGAUUUGAGAGAUUUGCAACCACAGCUAAAGGGGAGAAGACAGGAUGGGCUUCGAAACUUAGUGCUCUUUUGUCUGGACGUGCUCUAGAAGUUUAUUCGCGAUUAUCUGAGGAGGCAGCCCAAGAUUACGAACGAAUGAAGUUGGCUUUGAUGAAGAGACAUGACCUUACAGAGGACGGCUAUCGUCGUAAAUUUAGAGCAUCAAAGCCGGAAGUUGACGAAAGCCCUGAACAGUUUAUAGUGAGACUGGAUAGAUACUUGUUGCGUUGGUUAGAACUGUCGAAAACUGAACGUUCUUUUGAAGGGCUGAAAGAUUUAAUUGUGAAAGAACAGUUUAUUGACUCUUGUCCAAAAGAGUUAGCUAUUCACCUUCGUGAAAGAGCUCCGGAAACGCUUGUUCAGAUAGCAGAGAUUGCCGAUCAAUAGUUAGAAGCACACGGAAAGCAUCUGUUCAGCUCUGCGAGCAAGAAGCCACAAGUACAGCCCAAGGCGGAGGAAACAAAGACUGCACAGAGUGACGCAACAGCCCUCCAGUGUUACAAGUGUAAUGCCCGCGGACACAAAGCUAUUAACUGCCCAACACUAG